AUGAAUGUCACAACGAAGUCGAAAAGUCAUGUCCAAGUAGCAACAGAAGACAUGAUGUGUAGCUCUGGAUAUAAACAAGAGGAUUUUGAACUCUUAACGAAGCUGAGCAAGAUCUAUCAAAACUUCAACAUCGUUUGGAGUUGCCUCCAAGACUUUUGUCAACAUAUCUCUUGCCUUGUCCUAUCUUUCAAGCCAAAAACGAUAUAG